AUGGCCAAGCGCAAGAGGGAGACGGAGGAGAUUGUCUCUGCUGAUGGAGCAAACGAGUAUAAGAGAAUUGAGCCUGCAGGAGACCCCAGUAUCUCACUUCAGAUCAUCACUGGAUCUUAUGAACGAGUUCUGCAUGGAAUCACAGCCACCAUUUCUGAUAGCCCGUCACAGGGCUCGACUUCCCCUUCGGUACAAUUUGCAGACACCUUCUUGUUUAAUGCACAUGCUUCCGCCAUCCGCUGUCUGGCGCUCUCUUCUAUUUCACAACCAUCGUCAACCCAAACUCCAAGCAUUCUCCUGGCUAGUGGUGGCACAGAUGAGCGUGUCAAUGUCUAUAGCCUAUCGGCAGUUCCACCGCAUGAGGACGAGAAGAUGGCUCCUAUGCCGUCUCUAGGCGGCAACAAGAUCUCAGAGAAUCCACGGAAUCGAGAAUUAGGAUCGUUGAUGCAUCACUCUUCAAGCAUCACAUCUCUACACUUCCCAACCCGAUCAAAAUUGUUGUCCGCUGCAGAAGACAACACCAUCACGAUUUCGAGAAUCAACGACUUAUCAGUCAUCUCAACCAUCAAAGCGCCCCACCCGAAGGUACAGGGUAGACCAAGUGGUGACACUGCUCCCCCCGGUGCUGCUCCAGUGGGUGUUAACGACUUUGCCAUCCAUUCUAGCAUGAAGCUUAUGCUGAGCGUGGGCAAAGGCGAGAGAUGCAUGAGGCUGUGGAACCUGAUCACAGGGAAGAAAGCUGGAGUCCUCAACUUUGCCCGAGAAACGCUGCAGAGCGUACAAGAAGGGAAGUAUAGCAGUGGAGAAGGAAGGAGGAUAGCGUGGAACCCCCAUGGGGAAGAGUUUGCUGUUGCUUUCGAAAGAGGAGUAGUCGUGUUUGGGGCAGACUCGAAACCUAAGAGCAGGAUACUCCCGCGGCCGUUGACGAAGCUACACCAGAUGCGAUAUCUGACCAUUGCAGACAACGAAGGCUGUGAGACGGUGGUUCUCGUCGUCUCUACGGAAAGUGGGAAGUUACUAUUCUAUUCUACUGACCAAACGAGCAAGGAAGAGAAGGGUGCGCCAGGGGUGUCUCCUUUGCCGGACAGUCUCUGUCUUGCACAAUUAGAUGGCAGAAAUCAUGGUUUCUCCGGACGCAUCAAAGAUUUUGAGAUUUUAUCUAUGCCAUUGUCAGCCGGCACAUGGUCCGGGCUUCUGGCCGUGACAGCCGGGAGCGAUGGAUCCAUUCGGAUAUGGAUGAUGCGCUCCAGAAACUUCUUCUCGGCGAAAGAGAAGGCCAAGGAUGUGACCACAGCUAUCCCUGUUGGAAAUCUCAUUGGCACCUAUGAGACCGGCAGCCGCAUCACUUGCCUGAAGGCUUUCGUAAUGGUCAACCGAGAAGACGAUGAAGGACUGUCUGAAUUUGAGGGUUUGACAGAUGCAGCAAGCGUCGAUGACUCUAGUGACGAUGAUAGCCGGCAAUAA